CUCAUCUUUAAGUUAGUGUAUUUCCCAGCAGCCCCUGAACGCAUCACGACGCCCCGCCCCGACGACGCUCGUCAGACCAGGUGUCCGGUGUGUGAUGCAGAAAUCUGGCACCGUUUCUGUGAGCUACAUCAGUGAAUCCAGCACGACAUGGCCUAACGCGAUAUGCAUUCUCCGCGCGCUGUCACUGCCUCCUCUGAAAUGCCGUUUUCUUCCGCCUCGGCUCCCUCGUCUUGUCAGAGAAAUGAAGCGGGAACACCGUUAAAAUGACGACUGACACGGGGAAGAUAAUUUGAGCUGUGCGUACGCGCGCGCGUCUGUGUUUUUAGCUCCGCUGGGGAGGGGAGGAAAAAAAAAAAAAAAAGCUAACGGUUGAGCUAGCCAGGCAGCUAGCUCACAAGCCCAACCGGCGGUUCGGAGUCGCGCGACCAUGGCCGGGCUCAUCAAGAAGCAGAUCCUGAAGCAUCUCUCCAGGUUUGCUAAGAACCUGUCGCCGGAUAAGAUCAACCUGAGCACGCUGAAGGGGGAGGGUCAGCUGACUAACCUGGAGCUGGAUGAGGAGGUUCUCCAGAGCCUGCUGGACCUGCCCACCUGGCUGGCCAUCAACCGAGUGGAGUGCAACAAGGCGGCCAUCAGGAUACCAUGGACCAAGUUGAAGACUCACCCCAUCACCUUGUCUCUGGACAAAGUGGUGAUGGAGAUGAGUACCUGUGACGAGCCCCGUCCCCCCAACGGCCCGUCUCCCAUUGCAACCGCAUCAGGACAAAGUGAAUACGGCUUUGCUGAGAAGGUGGUAGAGGGGAUGUCACUGUCCAUCAACUCCAUUGUCAUCCGGAUCAGUGCCAAGGCCUUUAACGCCUCCUUUGAGCUCUCCCAGCUGCAGGUGUACAGCGUCAACACCAGCUGGAGCAUCGGCGACCUGCGAUUCACCCGCAUCCAGGACCCUCAGAGGGGCGAGAUCCUGACGUUUAAGGAGAUCAGUUGGCAGAUGAUACGCAUCGAGGCCGACGCCAUCCAGAGCGCCGAGCAUGAGAUGCUGAGCGCCCCCAUUCGCCUCAUCACCAACCAGUCCAAGAUCCGAGUCACACUCAAGAGACGGAUUAAGGACUGUAACGUGGUGGCCUCAAAGCUGAUUCUCAUCCUGGACGACCUGCUGUGGGUGCUGACCGACUCCCAGCUCAAAGCCAUGGUGCAGUACGCCAAGUCGCUCAGCGAGGCCAUGGAGAAGUCCACGCAGCAGAGGAAGAGCAUGGCCACAGAAGACCAGGUGUCGGCGGCUCCACCCUCAGCCCAGCAGGUGCGCACCCAGCAGGCGUCCACAGCAGCGGAGCAGAGUGCGACCAUGGCCAAGCUGUUCAGCGCCUACGACGUAUGCGAGACCUCCCACCACCUCCAGAUCACGCACCUCGACCUGCACAUCUGCGACGACAUCCACGUUAAGGACAAAGUGAGCAAUAAGAGGAUUACGGGUGGAGCCAUGCAGCUCUCCUUCAGCUCCAUCACUCUGGACUACUACCCUUUCCACAGAGCAGGUGACAGCUGUGUCCACUGGAUGCACUACAGCGAGGCCACCAAGACCAGAGAGGGCUGGGCGAGAAAUCUGCUCGACGAGUUCAACUCCAACGUAGAGAUGUUGAAGAGCGCCGUUCGGGACCACCAGGGCCCGGACCCCGCGCACGGCUCCCCGCAGCACGUGUCCCUUAGGGACGAUGUGUAUGGGCCUCUAGGAAGUCAGGACAGAGCAGGAGGAGAAGGAGGAGUAGGGCUUAGGGAGGCAGCGGGAGAACUCCUAGAGCGGAGCGCAAACACACAGCCUCCGGCCCAGUGCUGCUGGUGCCUUGAGCCAGGUAAGAUAAGCACCUCCUCCAGCGCCUCCUUCAGUCCUCCUCUUCCUCAAAGCCCCAAGACGCAGCUUAUGUCCAGCUCUGUUGUUCUCAGGAUUGCUGACUUCAGCAUCUAUCAGGUGUCGACCGCGGACCAGCGGCGCUCCAGCCCCAAGACCAUGAUCUCCUGCAAUAAGAAGUCCUUGUACCUUCCCUCAGAGAUGCCGGCCAUUCACGUUGAGUUCACGGAGUACUACUUCCCCGAUGGAAAAGACUACCCAAUCCCGUGUCCUAACCUGUACGUCCAGCUGAACGCCCUGCAGCUGGUUCUGGAUCCUCGCAGCCUGGUGUGGAUCAACCUGUUCGCUCUGGACCUCAGGCAGAGCCUGGAGCAGUUCAUGGAGAUCUACAAGCUCAGCGACUCGCAGAAACCCGAGGAGCACGUCGACAUCAAGGUCGACGGCCUCAUGCUCAAGGUGGUGAUUCCCAUCGACCGGGACGCCUCCUGUCCCGCCGAUCUGCCCCGCUCCGUCUCAGUGCAGACCUCCGAAAUGGUGGCAACGAACACCCGGCACCCGGCCAACUGCACCCGCUCGCACCUGGAGGCCCUGCUGCAGGCCUUCGAGGAGGAGCCCUUCUUCUCUCACGAUUUUUCCUCAUUCCCUCGCUCCUCCUCCUCCGUACCGCUCCUCCACCAUGUCUUCCAGCGCCACGCUCACGAGCAAGACACCAAGCUCCACGACAUCUACCGCGGCCUGGUGGCGCCCACGUUGGGCACGGACGCCCUCAAGAUGCCGGCCGCCACCGACUUCUGGGCGUUGCACUUUGCCCAGUUCUGGGUGGACUACGAAGGCACCCGAGGGGGCAAAGGGCGGCCGCAGCCCUUCGUGGAGUCCUUCCCUCUGACUGUGUGGGCCACGCAGCCCGCCAAGAUCGUCCAGCACCAGGAGAAGCUCAGGUGCGUCGCUGGAUCAGGUGUCUCCAGGAGCACGUCCGGGGAGGCCGUGGCGCGGCUGCAGAGGAAGCGGUUGUUGAAGGACUACUACAGCACUGAAGCGCACAAUGCAGCGCCGCCUCCCAGCAACGGACUCCAUAAACCCCUCUCGUUGGAAAGUCUGCCCUCCUCCUCUUCUUCUUUGUUGUCGUCAAGUAAAGAUGCAAAUGUGCACAUAUUGGUGCAUGUGCAGAAGCAUUUAAGUGCCCAGGUGAGCCACCGGCAGUAUGUGUUUCUGAUGAAGCUCCAGCGCAGCAUCAAAGCCCUGCAGCAGACGCUGCAGCAGGACCUGGAGAAGAUGAGCUCCAAGAAGGACCGGAAGGAUCCCUCUCAUGAUCCCGGGGAGCCCUUCACCGUCUGCCUAGGCCUGCUGCUGAAAAGCGCAGAGGUGUCCCUGCUCCUGAAGCCCGUCCCCCUCCCCGAGGGCUCGGGCUCCCCGCUGGGGUCCGAUCUCUCGCCGUCAGAGAGCCGAGGAACUUUGGACGCGGGAGAGGUCGCGGAGAAGGGGAGUGAAGGCGCCGGGCCCGAGGGAGGAGCAGCAGCAGCCAAGGCGGCGAGCACCGUCGACCAGCUGCUGUGUGGCGACAGGAUGGGGGGCGGAGCCACGCACAGCCCCGCCCCUCUUGUCCCCAGCUACGCUCCGGCUGCGCGGCGCGACUCGAGUCACAACGCGUCGGCGGACGAGGCGACUUUGAGCAAGAGCUCCGGGAGGCGGAGUUCCGAUGAAGGGGGCGGGAUGGCGGUGGAGGGAGGAGAAGAUGCGGGAGCCGGCCUGGACUCCAAGAUGCCAAAGUCGAUAUCCAGUGGUCGUUUGAUGCGCGACCGCUCCCAGUCCAGCCUGUCUGUGUCCUACAAGAACAUGAAGAGCCCGUCCCUGCAGUCGCUGGACAACGUCUCCAUAGACAGCUACCUGAUGGAGGACGGAGACGGGUACAGUCUGCUGGAGAGAGAUGACGUGUCCAUCUCAGGCUUCAAGGAUGGUGUCGGCGAACAGAGAGGCACAGAGAGCGCCGCCGAGGCUGCUAUUGGUCAGGAGCAGGAGGGGGGCGUGUCCCCCGACACCGUCAGCGCCACCUCGCAGAGCACAGACGAUCCCGCCAAAGAUACAGUGUCCGUGCUGGUGCUGAAGGUGCAGUCGGUGUGCGUGGCCAUGGAGGCGUUUGGCGAGAGCACGGCCGUGGCGCUGGAGGUGGGCCGCGUCAGACCCAGCCAGCUGGGCAACGUCAGCCUGAGACAGUACCUCAGCAACCGCAGCCUGGGUAUGGUGUGUUCAGUACCAAUACCUGCUCAAAGCAGCCAAGCCGGCGGCGAUGUCGGCGCCGCGCCGCCCGGCGGCCUCCACAGCCCAGAGGUGCGCGCCCGCCUGGAGAGCGGGCCGUGCGCCGCCGCUCACUCCCCGCUGGCCGAGCGCAACGGCUUCCUGCAGCUGCGUCUCCACGGCUACCGGGCCGACUUCCUGAUGUCCACGCUGCGCAACCUGGCCCACUUCCUGGAGGACGACUCGGCGCCGCAGGUGCUGCCCAUGGAGAUCAGCGUCCGGGACGCGCACGUCAACCUGAAGGACGACGGCCCGCGCGACAACCCCUCCGACUCGGAGCCCUCGCCCAUCGCGCUGCGCGUGGACAGCCUCGUCAUACACCGGAGAGACGACGGCUCCUUCUCCGUAGGAGUGGACGCGGCAGGAGAGGCCAAAGCCGCGGACGACGGCGCUCUGACGCCGGUCCCUGAGGUCGCGGGCGAUGGCGGCGUACCGAAGGCGACGCAGACUCAGGCCCCGCCCACCCAGGCCCCGCCCACCAGCCCUCCUCCAUCCGCCAGAGAAAAGAUGCUGGUGGAGGAAAACGAAUGUUUAAAAGUGGAGCUGUCAAGAACCAAGAUGGCGCUGGCCGAGGCUCAGAUGGAGAAGGACUCGCUGCUGCACCGUAUGAAGACCCUCAAAGUCAACAGCAGCUAGUCGCCGAGUCGAGAUGCUUCAAUGAGCAAAGAUCUCAACUCUUGGGCGCUUUGGCGACUUCUGACUUUAAAAUAAUUCCCUCAUAAAGCAAUGCAGAGUUUGAGACUCAAAAAUACACGUUUUUACAUACAAGUCGUCUGUUUUAUGUUCCCCAUGUUGGACUGUCGAGGCUCUGAGGGGGUGGAAAACGUGUGCGUGUGUGCGUGUGUGUGCGAUAGUCGUGCCGUACAGAAAACCCUUCCCAGACUAUUCCUGUCGUGCAAAGGAAAACAAAAGAAUCCCUGCUAAUCUUUAGUCGAGCCUCAGACCCCAACGUAUGAAGGAACACUGAAUGUCAGAUCUUCAGAGGAAUGUCUCAUUUUUUUUUUUUUUUAACCAAACAGAACGAAAAACUUGUAAUUUAGUGCUUUCAUAUUCAGAGGGGACGAGACAAAUCACUCUCGGCCCUCCCCACUGUGUACAGUGUACAGGAAUGUGAACACGUGACUAUUUUCUUCAGAGCUUUGAAUGGUUAAGCUGUGUGUGUGUGUGUGUGUGUGUGUGUGUGUGUGUGUGUGUGUGUGUGUGUGUGUGUGUGUGUGUGUGUGUGUGUGUGUGUGUGUGUGUGUGUGUGUGUGUGUGUGUGUGUGUGUGUGUGUGUGUGUGUGUGUGUGUGUGUGUGUGUGUGUGUGUGUGUGUGCGUGUGCGCCAGAACAAGCAUUUCAUUACUAGUGGAGGAUACAUUUAUGUCCGUCAGUUCCACAGCUUUGUUGGCAAAAUGCUCCACAGUCUGUACCCCCCCCCCCCCCCCCCAUCUUAUUUUUCUAUGUGUAAAUAGCUACUUGACAUGUGCAGCACUUUUAAAACUGAGGCACUGUAAAUAAAACCACAACUGUGAGAGAGCAACAGUUGAGCUGAAGAGAGAAAUUUAGAACACGUGUGCUCCCUUUUUAAAAAAGAAUAUAGAAAUAAAUGGCAGAAAAGGUGAAUCGAUGCACAUUGACGCUGCCGGAGUGCGUGUGUCUUUAUGUACAUUUCUAAUCUUCCAUGUGUACCUUUUUUUUCAUGGAUAGUCAACCAUAUUUGCUGCUGCUUCAUGAGGUGACGGGAAGCCCCGGAGUAAAGGUCAUAAAUCGACUCCCCAGUGGCGCCCACAUGGCGCUGCACAAGAGACGUUUGGGUUUCAGUCCAGUUGUGCAGCGGCCGUAACGUGUACUUAAGCUCGGCCCAGUUCAUUUCACCAUCUUUCUUUCUGAGGUGAGUUGUGUUUCCUUGACAUGAAACGCAACCGGUUCCGCCGCAACGACGCGGUUUCAACACUUGAAAUGUCAGAAGUAGGAUUUUAACACGAUUGUUGUCUGAAGAAUUUUGUUUUUGGGGGGCGAGAGGAAGAUGUUCUGUUACAUCUCGUCUUCAUCACAGCCCUAGAGUGGAAAAAAACUGAUUAAAAAAAAAGUAAUAAGUUGUAUUUUGUCUGUCAGCUGCCUGAAUUCUGAUGAAAAUAAAGUAUCAAAUUUAUGUUUCA